AUGGCAUUCGUUUGUGCCAAGGCAGUGCUGCUCGCAGCGGUGAUGCUUGCGAGCGCGGCACAGCUUUGCAUGGGCGCGAGGCGCCGCAUGGAGCUGUACCGGCCGGACCCGGCCGACAUGCUCUCCUACCACAAUGGCGCCGUGCUCCACGGCGACAUCGCGGUGUCCGUCCUUUGGUACGGCAGCUUCAAGCCGGCGCAGAAGGCGGUGAUCCUCGACUUCCUCCUCUCGCUCACCGCCGAGCCUCAGGCCGCCUCGCCGUCGGUCGCGCAGUGGUGGAGCACCAUCGACCAGCAGUACCUCUCCCCCGCGAGCGCGAAGUCCAACGGCGCGGGCGAGAAGACUCGUGUCCUGCUCGCGGACCAGCUCUCCGACGGCGCGUGCUCCAUGGGCAAGUCACUGACCCUUGAGCAGAUCACCGCCCUGGCCGCGACGGCUAGCCCCAAGAAAGGCGGCGUCGCGGUGGUCUUCACGGCGCAGGACGUGGCAGUGGAGGGCUUCGGCAUGGGCCGGUGCAGCCUGCACGGCUCCGACGCCAGCUCCGGCACGACCCACAUCUGGGUCGGCAACCCGGAGACGCAGUGCCCCGGCGCGUGCGCGUGGCCCUUCCACCAGCCCGCCUACGGCCCCCAGGACGCGCCCCUAAUGGCGCCCAACGGCGACGUCGGCGCGGACGCCAUGGUCAUGAACCUUGCGAGCAUGCUCGCCGGCGCGGCGACCAACCCGUUCGGCGACGGGUAUUACCAGGGCAGCAGCGACGCCCCGCUGGAGGCCGCCACCGCCUGCCCAGGAAUCUUCGGCAACGGCGCGUACCCUGGAUACGCCGGCGACCUCAAAGUGGACCAGGCCACCGGGGCGAGCUACAAUUGCAAUGGCGCGCAUGGCAGGAAGUACUUGCUUCCUGCGCUCUACGACCCUUCCAAGUCCGCCUGUGGCACUUUGGUCUAG